UUUUAUUACUUUCUUUUUAUUACGUUCUUUGCUAUUACGCGUCACCUUUUUUAAUGCUGACUAAUUUGCCGAUAAGAGAAUAUAUUACGUAAAACAUGUUUAUUCAUGACGUGUUUUUACGUGUGUGCGACAAAAUAUUAAUUUACAUGACAGAUCACGUUUAAAUCGGCGGGAUAAAUUGGUGACGAAGGAUCAAUAAUGACGCAUUGUUACGAUUGAUUUCGCUAGCGUUGCCUGGCAGUGACACGUAUUCGAUAUCGAAUUUCUCUGAUUAUUACGACGAGAGGAAUGCAUAAUGAUAUAUUCAAUCGAGGAAAAAAAAACCGGUGCAGGUGCACAAUCGGACAUAGUCGAGAAGAAUUCUUCAACAAGCGAAAAACUGCAUUUGUAGCAUAAUGUCGUUUGCAGUUUCACGUUACGUUUUAUAUCAAUAUCUUCUUUUUUUUGUGAUCAGGAUGUGUAUCGCGCUUACCUCAGACGACAAGGGAGCAUUAUAUCAGAACUGUACGAUUUUUGACAAAUCAGAUAUAUACGGCGGUCCAGUAUGUGGCGACAAUGGCGUGACAUAUUCUAAUAGUUUUUAUUUAGAUUGUAAAAAUCACCAUAAUCGCGAAACCGUUGCCACCUUACACUCUGGCCCGUGCUUGGAAAAGGAGAAAUACUGUAACGUCGAUCUGUAUUAUGAUCCGGUUUGUGGUUCGGACCAUAAGAUUUAUACUAAUAUGCAGUCUUUAUUUUGCGUUCGUCAAAAGCAAUCCAGAGAUUUAACAGCUGUGCCGAUGACGGACUGUCCACAGAACGAUUCAUGUUACCGAGGUGGAACCGAACAUUACGGCAUAAAUCCGAUCUGCGCUAAUAACGGACACACUUAUCAAAACGCGGCUCAGCUCAAGUGCCUGCAACGAUAUAAUUCCGGAUUGCAAAUUAUUCACGAUGGUGGUUGUCGCGUGGAAUUUGUUCAUCAGUUAUAUGGUACAGCGGUUUGUCGCAUCGCGAAAACGAGAUACGAAUGGAAUCCGGUCUGCGCAUCCGACGGAAUCACUUAUCCAAAUCCUUUCAUCUUUCUCUGCUAUCGCCCAAAGCUGAACGUAAUUUUCAACGGAGAGUGCGACACACACAGCUACAAAUCUUGCAUAGAGGCACAUACAAAUACGACGGUCUUGCCAAAUGGCGAAUACGCGAAUGACGCCUUCACCGCGGACGACGAGGUUUGCGGGAACGACGGUAGCACGUAUCAGAGUAUACAUCACUUGCAAUGCCAUACUCGUCUCGAUAAAUAUGUAUUUUUGAAGCAUCAUGGAUCAUGUUCCGGACCGGAUGACCAUCCUUGUGGUUCGGUACCAGAAGAAGAGCACAGGCAACCGGUAUGCGGCACCGACGGUAGAUCCUAUGUGAGUCCAGAGGCCCUUUGGUGCGCUAAAUUACGCUCUCCGAAAAGAGAUAUUGCUUACAAGCACGACGGUCCAUGCUAAUGAAGACAUUGUCAGGAAUUGCCACAUCAUCACGUACGUUUGAAAAAUGCGACGAAAAAAUUGAAAAUUUGAAAAAAG